AUGGGUGUUUGUCAAUCUAAAUCUAUAAAUUCUAAGAAAAUAAAUACUUAGACUUCCUAAACUCAUAUUAGAAUUAAAACUGAAGUUACAGAAAUGUCUCAAAAAAUGCCUAGAAGACAUCUUAACCUAUAAAUCGAUUAAACCAAAAACAAUGAGAAUAAGACAUCUCCUCUUUCUGAAGGAGUAAUUCUCACUUAGAGAACAAAAAAAAGAAUUACUUUGAAGAAAUAUGGUUCAAAUAAUUACACUGCCACUACUUGCAGUUCAAAUCAUAUUCUAUUACCUGGAUGUGCAUUCAAAAAAUAUUCACUGAUUAGAAAAAAACAAGGAAAUCAUGUAAAUAUUUCAUAAAAUACAUAGUCUAUAUCAAUAAUUUCAAACAAUAAGACAGGAAAAAUUAUGUAAUUAGAGACUUUUAGAAAGGAUGAUCCUGAUAGUGUCAAUUACAUAGAAUGGCUUAUGAAGAAUAAAAUUGUAUUAUUAAUUUUUAUUGUUAGGACCACCCUAACAUUAUAAGAGUAUCAGAAAUCUUUUAAGAUCACAAAUAUUUUUAAGUUGUUUCGGAUCACUUUGAAGAGAAUGAUUUAUCAGAAUUAAUUGCUGAUGGAACAAAACUAUCUAAACCUGAAGUAUCUUAGGUUUUAAAUCAAAUGAUGUAAGCAAUUCAUUAUUUGCACCAACAAUAACUUUUCCAUGGAGCUAUUACGAUUAAUUCAUUUUCAUAUUAAAAGAAAUCUGAUGGAAUAAUUGUGAAAUUAUCAAAUUUAAAAGGAAUAGUAAUAAAAUUAGAAGAUGAUUUGGAAGUAAUUAAGUACACAUCUCCAGAGUGUAUUUAUAAUCCAAAAUAAGAUGUAGCUAGAGAUGUAUGGGCUAUUGCAUUAAUUGGAUUGACAUUAAGAAAAGGUGGUCUUCCUUAUGAGUUACCAAAAUAAUUAACAAAAGAAAAAUUAAGAAUUUUAGUUAAGAAUCAGGUUUUUAAAUUUGAAAACAAAAAGGAUGAAAUAUUUAAAGAAUUUCUUUCUCAUUCUUUAAAUUCGAAUCCAAUUUAAAGGGCUAAUUUAGAAGAAUUGUUAAGUUUAGCUUUUAUAACUAAAUAUUAAUAAAAACAUAAAUCUGAAUAAGAAAUCUUGCUUAGUAAUAUCUUAGAGGCAAAACCAUGUUGUUUGCUACAAUAACUAAUUAUAGUUUUCUUUGUAUAAGAGUUUAAUUGGGAAGAGUACUUGCAGAUUCAAAAAUUAUUUUUAGAAGGAGAUAUGAAUAUGGAUGGAUUAAUGAGUAAAACAGAAUUAAUCUAAUUAUUUUAAAAAUAUCUAAAUAUUUAUAAUAUUGAAGAAAAAAUAGAUUAAUUAUUUAAAGAUUUUGAAUUAGAAGAUGAGAUUAAUUCAAAUUUAUUUUUAGCUCUAACAACAUCAAGAAAAGAUGUACUGACAGUGUCUAAUACUGAAAUUUGUUUCGAGAUAUUAUCUCUUAAUAGUUCAGAAAUCACCCUUAAAGGUUUAAAAAAAUACUUAAAUGCUGAUAUUGAAGAUAUUAAAGUAGAGUUUUCUCGUCUAACAGAUGAUUCAAAUUCAGUAUUAUUUGUAUAAUAUUUUAGUUAAAUUAUAUAUAGUUCGUGAAAAUCUUAGAAUUGAUGAUCUGA